AUGGCUAAAAACGCGGCAACGAUUUUCCUUCAGGUAUCUAUCGAUCGUUUAAAAUCGCAUAUAGAAGAAACCAAACAAAUCCUGAAGGAGAAGAAAGAAUUAAAAGUGCCAUACGACUUUCUCAACAAAUUAAUAAAAGACACCCGCAGUCACAUCGACAAAUUGAGCAACACGGAAUUAAACGAAACCCUCAUCAACCAACUGACAGAAGCAACUUCAAUAAUCUACGACGCCGAACACCUCGCAUCAGAAUUAGAAAACUUGCUUGAGCCUAAACUACGAUUAAAAAACUCAGGUACUGAUGAUAAAACAAUUACAAAUCCGUCUACUUCUAUCGUUCACAAACCAAAACUCAAUACACGUUACUUCGAUGGAACCCACGCGGACUUUGUUCCUUUCUGGCAAUACUUCGAUCGUCACUACCACUCCAACCCUAAUUAUGAUUCCGCAACGAAAUUCGACUUCUUAGAAAUGCAUCUAAUAGGUGACGCCGCUAUCCACCUGAAAUACUAUAAACCAACGGCACAAAAUUACGAUUCAGUGGUAGCAUUGCUGAAACAACGAUAUGGUGACAAAAGUAUAACAAUCCCGCUUAUCUACAAAGAAAUUAAAUCCUUCCCAAAAGCAACACUCAAUCUUCCGAGCCUGAAAAAUACGUACGACACCCUUGAAGCGCAACUACGGGCAUUGGAAAAUCUAGAUGAAAAGGUAAACGAAAAUACACUGCUUUUAGACACUCUCAUCGAAAAAUUUCCGGAGCAGUUUUACCUUAACAACUCCAUCUCGUUAUCAAGCAUGAAAUUAUUCCGCACAACCGUCGGUACUGCUCUACAAAAACGUGAACUCAUAUCUAUAUUAAAUAACACAUCGAUUACUCAACCAGCAUCCGCAUCCGCCCCGCCAUCAACAACAGCAGCACUCGUAACCUAUAAUAAAACUGAUCCAAAUAAAAACACAAAUCGAAAUGAUAUGAAACCGAGCUGUAUUAUGUGCGGACAAGAACAUUGGACCACUGAAUGCACCAAGUUUACUACUUACGAAGAAAGGCGCAAACAAAUCGAAGGUAGCUGUUAUAUCUGCCUAAAAACUGGUCAUUCAUAUAAAAAAUGCAACAAACGAAACAAACCCUGUUUUUACUGCAAAAAAGCUGGUAAUCAUCAUUCGUGCAUCUGUCCAACGAAAUUUGGUAUCGACAUCUCCAAACCAAAACAAACACCAUCAACUCAAAAUGAAAAGCCAGAAACGAACAGCCAACAAGAUCCCACGAAGAAAACCAACACACUUUCUUUGCUUAGCUCCAUAUCAACUACUUUACUAACAGCUACGGCAACUGUAUCGAAUCCCUGCAACGGUAAAAAUACAAAAAUACGUGUGAUUCUUGACUGCGGUAGUGACAAAUCUUACAUAACUACACGAUGCAUUAAAAAACUACAACUCCGUUCCGCCGAAUCUGAAACAAUGCAUAUGCAAGUCUUUGGUGAAGAAAAAUCAAAAGUAAUCGAAUCAGAAAAGGUAAUCAUAAACAUACACACUCAAAAGGGCGAUUCAAAAACCCUCCACCUUUACUCAUCGAAUCAAAUAAUACCUGAUCUCAAUCCACCUGAUGUAUCAACAUUUAAAAAAUCAUACCCGCAAUUUAAUCACCUCUACUUGGCAGAUGAUGGCCUUCAACAUCACACUGACAUCCUCAUCGGACUGGAUUAUAUAAUCGACAUUCUAAAUUGGAAGAAAAUCGAUGCCACUCCAACGGCAACACUGCUCGAUACUAUGUUUGGCUGGGUACUGGCGAUCCGUCAUCCAGGUAGUGGAAAAGUUGGAACUCAUUGUCUUAUCAGCAAAACAUUGUCCGAUCCUCUAUCACAACUAUGGUCACUUGAUACUAUCGGCAUUCGGGAAGAUUUGAACAAUGAAAAUGAGGAACCGGCAAUUAAACAAUUUCAAGACAGUAUUCAAUUUAAAGAUGGCCGAUAUCACGUUGCCCUGCCUUGGAGAUUUUACCCUCCGAACCUACCUGAAAACUACGAUCUCGCUAUUGGGCAACUGAACUCUCUGUAUAAAAGUUUGAAACAAGGCAAUCUUCUAACUGCAUACGACGAGGUAAUUAAAAAUCAGUUAGCAAACGAUGUCAUCGAGGUAGCUCCGAAAAACUCAUCUAGCGAAACCAUUCACUACCUCCCCCACCACGCUGUUUUAACUCCUGAAAAAUCCACAACGUUACGUAUCGUUUACAAUGGCUCAGCCCGGACCAAGCAAUCUAAAACAAGCCUAAACGACUGCUUAUUAAAAGGAAAAAACCUAAUAGAAAACUCAGCCGGUAUAAUAAUACGCAUCCGGUGUGAAAUAAUUGGUAUAACAAGCGACAUCGAAAAAGCAUACCUACAGGUUGGCUUACAGAUACGGGAUCGCGACGCAACUCGCUUCGUGUGGUUAAAAGACAUCAACCUACCUCCAACUGCAGAAAAUUUAAUCGUGUUUCGCUUUACCAGAAUACUAUUCGGAAUCGUAGCAUCAGCUUUUCUACUCGCAGCUACUCUAAAACAUCAUAUUCAAUUAAAAGCUCACCACUAUAAACACAUCACGAAAAUUCUGAAAAGCUUGUAUGUUGAUAACUUUGCCAAUGGUGCUAAUUCGUUACAAGAAGCCAUCGAAAUCUACAAUGUUAUGAAAAAACUUCUUGCUGAAAUUGGCAUGAAUAUUCGUCAAUGGAGUUCAAACUCAACCGAAUUCAUGAACUCUAUACCCGAAGCUGACCGUAACAACGCCGAAAUCGUCAAUCUCCUCGGUAUACAAUGGAAGCCAAAAGCAGAUACCUUGAAUAUCCAAAAACCAUCCGUUCACGCACCUGAAAAUCCAACUAAACGAACAGUUCUUCAGUUCACAGCCGCCAUCUACGAUCCAAUGGGCUUUUUCUCGCCAAUAAUUUUGAAAGCCAAACUUUUCAUUCAAAAACUGUGGAUUUUGAACUUCGAAUGGGACCAAAAACUAAACGAAAAUCUUACCAGCGAAUGGCGCAUAAUUCAAGGCGAACUCGAAAAAAUUCCCACCCACUCCUUACCUCGCUAUGUAAAUAUCCAAGGAGCGCUAACGCUACAACUUCACUGCUUUAGCGACGCGUCAAAAGACGCAUACGCCGCUGCUGUCUACAUACGCGCCACAGAUAACGAAAUGUCACACACGCACUUAUUAUUUGCCAAAACCAGAGUGACACCACCGAAAAACGAAAACGAAUUAGCCAAAUUCACGCCUAAAUUCGAAUUACUAGGUGUUUUAAUUGGAGCUCGAAUUCUCAACUUCGUUGAAACAUCUUUAGAACGUGAAAUCUCCGAGAAAAUUCUAUGGACUGACUCUCAGUGUGCCAUGGCUUGGAUAAAAUCUCCUCAGGUGUUACCAGUUUUCAUCGAAAAACGCGUCAAUGAUAUAAAACAACUGGUUCAAAACAUCAAAUACGUACCUGGUGAACAAAAUGUAGCCGACAUCGCGUCCAGAGGCGGUACACUUGAUGAAAUGAAAGCUGUCAAUUGGUUUAACGGACCUCCAUGGCUAAACGAUGAAAAAUUGUGGCCAGAACAACCAGUUCUUGGAAAAAACUUACCUGUGCUGCCCACAGAAACUUCCGAAAACACAACAACGACUCUCUUAACAAACACGGAAACAGAAACAACGCCAAAAUUGACUCCCUUCAACUUGGUUUUUGAAAAAUAUCCGACCUAUGGAAAACUCAUCUCGGUUACAGAAAAGUGUCUCAUCGCAGCCAAUAAAUUCCGGAAAAUUCAAUCUGACAAAACAAGACAACAGGCAGAAGAAAUGUGGAUAAUUUAUUUCCAAGAUACCAUCGGCGAAAAAAUUACUCACUACUCUCACCUUGGGUUAAAGAAAGAUGAGAAUAACGUACUUCGUUGUCGCGGACGGCUAGAAAAUUGCACGUACCUAACAGAUGAAGAAAAACACCCGAUUUUACUUCUUCCUGAUUGGCCAAUUACUAAACUAAUCGUUAUGCACUACCACAACAAGCUAUACCACGUUGGUACUCAGCACACACUAGCAGAAAUCCGGAAAAAAUUCUGGAUACCCACAGGACGCCGAGUCGUUUAUUUCACGCUAAAAAACAACUGUAAAAACUGCAAAAAGCUGAGAAAUAAACCGUACAGAGCACCACCUACGCCUCCGCUCCCAAAAUCGCGCCUAAACCCUACAAAACCGUUCGAAAACUCCGGCGUUGAUAUACUGGGACCUCUCUACGUAAAAUUUGCUCCAGGUGAAUGUAAACGUUGGGUACUAAUUUUCACCUGUCUCGUAACAAGAGCAAUACACAUGGAAAUUCUUCACGAUCUUACAUCCGAAGAUAUCUUAUCCGCAUUCAAAUUAUUCUUCGCCAGAAGAGGUACGCCAAAACUACUCAUAUCCGAUAACGCGCCUCAAUUCAAACUUAUCAGCACCGUCUAUGAACUCAGCUGGCAAAAUGCGAUUAAAGACAAAAAUUUCAAAGACUUCUUCGCCAAGAACGAAAUUGUUUGGAAAUGGAUUCCUCAAUUAGCACCAUGGAUGGGUGGCGCCUACGAACGUCUAAUCGCACUUGUAAAAGAAGCUUUAAAACUUACGUACUAUCGAAUAACCCUCACCGAUCGUCAACUUCAAGUCGCCAUAGCUGAAACAGAAGCAAUUCUAAAUUCCCGUCCCCUUACGUACUUCGGACCAAACUUGGAAGAAGACAUAAUAACGCCGAAUCUAUUCCUAAGAGGAAAUUUCCCUCACAUACUCGAAGUCAACGCUGACGCCCCUACAGUAACAGGAAAAUCCCUCGUAGACUCGUGGAAAAAAGCGGAUCAACUUUUGAAUCGUUUUUGGGAUAUAUUUUAUUCAAAAUAUAUCAUCUCGUUGAGAGAGCGUAGCUCAAAACUCAAGCAGAAACGCUCAACUGCACCAAUAACUCCGCAAGUAGGCGAUAUUGUAAUGCUCGCAGACGACAACGUUAAAAGAGGAUACUGGAAACUUGCUGAAAUAAUCGAAAUAGAAGUCAGCGAAGAUAAAGAAAUACGAGCAGCCAAAGUCAGGUUAGCCAAUGGCGAUAUCACACGUCGACCCAUCAUAAAACUCAUCCCCAUGGAAACUUCCACAAAGGAAAACGCCGACGAGCCGCCGAUUAUCACCGUUUCUAAUGAAACAUCCGUCGAUCCAGUGGCAGUCACAGAACCUCCGCCGGAAGAUUUUGAAAUCGCCGAAAUUACUUGCGAAAUCGUCUCUGAAUCGGAUGACGAAUAA